AUGAAUAAAACAUUUAUAUUAGUUAAUUAAUAGGCAAAAUAGAUAGCUUUUUAUGAAAUUAAUAAUAACAAUUUAACAUCAGUUACUAAUAUAUAGGAUAAUUACUAAUAAAUAUUAAUCUAAUAAAAUAAUGUUAUCUAUUCUUUUAAUAAUUCUAUAGUUUCUAAUCCAAUCUCAGUUUCAAAUUUUAGUUAAAAUAAUAUUUUAAAAUUAGGUACAACUAAAAUUUCCUACAUGAUAAAGUUAAGCUCUGAUAAUAGUAAAUAGAUAGAUGAUAGAUUUGAAGAAAUUAAUUAAUCAAAUUAUUAUGACACUUCAGAUGAAAGUUUAGUUUUUAUAAUCCAAAAUGAAGAAAAAACCAUCUACAUAAUUGAUACUACUCAUUUUAAUGUGAUUAGUUUUACCUAAAUAGAUUAUUAAAUUGUUAAUGUUGUUAUUGAUAGAAAUAGAAGGAUAAUUUUCUGUGUUUCAAAUAUAUCAAAAACUUAUAUAUUUGAUUUUAAUUUGAAACUACUAUCUUAAAUUUAGAACCCUUGUCUUAUAAAUGCUAAAAUAUAUUUUGAUGGCCAAUUAAUUUACUCAGUUUGUCCUAAUUCAGUUUAUUUUUAUAAUUCUCUAACUUUAGCUAAAUAAAGCUUUCAAAUUAAUUCUGGAUUUAAUAGUAUUGAUUAUAUAAAGUCUUUUAAUUAAUAAAAUACAUUUUUAUUAAUUUAAUAAGACUCAGUUUACAUUAUUCAAUUUUAAUAAAAUAAUAAUAGCUUCAAAAUUUUAUUUUAGAAGAAUAAAUAAAAAAUUAAUAUCUAGAGUGCUAGUAUAAUUUUUGAUAAUAAUAAUUAAAAAUAUUUCCAAAUACAAGGAAUAUCAUGGAGCGAUGUCAUUUAUUAUUUGAUACCUUAUCAACCUUAAAGCGAGUGUACAGCAAAUUUAUUAUCAUAAAAUUCUUAUAUGAUUUCUUAAUAAAUUUAAAGCAUCUAAUAAAAUGCAUAUUCAUCAAACCAAACUGUAUCUUAAGUAUAAAUUCAAUUUUAAAAUGAUUAAGAAAUACAUAAGAUAACGAAUUUAAUAAAUUAAAAAAUUCAAAUAGAAACAUAUCAUUGA